AUGGAGCCUCCUCUGUACGUAUUAGCAGAGCUUUCUCCAAUGGAGGAACUCAAUGCACCACUGAACAGAUCAGCACGAUUAAGGUAUACAUGUAUGUCAGUGAGUAAGAAAUAUAUAGCAUUAGGCAGUAAUACUGGUGGAGCUUAUAUAUUUACCAGAGAUACACUCAAGUAUUUACAAGUUAUAUUUGGGGAAGUGGAAUCAUCAUCAGUGGGAGUUGUUUCAUUAAGUCAAGCAACUGACAAUCAUGUGGCCUUUACAACCAGUUCAGGACAAGUGAUUGUCAUGGAGAUGAAUUUGGAGAAGAGAUUAAAACCUGAGAGAGUGAGGUUGAGCAAUGAUCAUGCAGGUUAUACUGUUACUACUUUACAGUGGAAUAAAACAGGGAAUAAGUUGUUUAUAGGAGACAAUAGUGGGAAAGUUACAGUUGCUCAUGUUCCUCUUACCAAGGCUAGUGUAUUAUUCAAUCAACCAACAGAAAUGAUAGCUAGACUAGAAUCAGCUAUAGUACAAAUAGAUUAUAAUCACGAAAAAUUACUGGUUUCUACUUUAACUAGAUGCUACUUGUUUAGUACACAAAGUGAAAAUAUUGAAAGGAGUAUAACUGCUAGGUUUAUUAAAACUAGACACCAGUAUUCACAGAUUGGAAAAAAAUUAAGAGAUGGUGAAUUUGGUGCCUGUUUCUUUGUAGAACCCAGUUCUAAUAUACCAGUUGUAUAUUGUUCACGACCUGGCUCUCGAAUGUGGGAGGUUGAUUUUGAAGGAAAUGUAUUAAAUACUCAUCAGUUUAAAAAGUUAUUAUCUAUCUCCUCUACUCCUAUUGUACAUUUCAAUAAAUCUAGUCUGUUAACUGAAUAUUCUUCUACUACAGUAAUCAGUCCUUCUGUAAAUUUCAAGAAAAUGUAUACUAUUGGUCAGUAUAUAAUAACAUGGUGUACUACUGGACUCUAUGUAUUUGAUACUAUUAAUGUUAAAGUUAUACUCUGGUCAUAUGAUAUUCAAGAUAUAGAAGAUUUGUGUGUAUAUGAAAACAGUGUGUUUAUAUUUCAUAAUGAUCAAUCUAUAGAACAUCUUUACUUGUUUAAACUAGAACAGUGUAUCAAUCAUCUAAUUACUAAGAAAUGUUGGUUACUGGCAGCCAAUACACUCUUUCAUUUUAAACAACAUUAUCUCAGUUAUUUGAGAAGUAAAAUUUCUCCUCAGACAGUGAAAAAUGUGAUCCUAAACAUAAAAAGAGAAGAACAUAGAGACUUGAUUAAUUCUCUAACAGAAUUGAUAAUUGUUCAGCUGAGUUCUCCCACAUCAGAUCCAGAAGGACAAGAUAAACUAAACCACAUUUAUCCUAAUCAUAGUGAUACUAAUAGUGUGGCUUCAUUUGAUUUAACAUAUACAAGUGAUUCAGGUAGUGAGGUAGUGUCUCCUCAAGUGUUUUGUGGAGUUCAUGAAAGUAACAAAAUGAAAAAUAAUUUGAAAUCUGAUGAGGAUACUCAUAAGAAUGUAGGUGUGGCUUCAGAAGCUUCAAACCUCAACCAUUCUGAUCUCUCUAGUGAUAACCAUGCAGACAUUUCACUCGUAUCUACGGAUCUUGACUGUGAUUCCAUAUACGAUGAUUCAGAAUUGUCAAAAAUUAGUAUUGAAGCUGAUGAUUCUUCUGCUGAAGAUGCCACAAAAAAGGAGUUCAAAACUUUUACUACCAAACUGAUAGACUUUUCUCAUGAAGAUGGUUUUAAUGGUUCAAAUGAAACUGCUGAAGAUUUUAGUAUUGAUGCACAUAGUACACCAAAAGAAGUGGAACCUCAUGAAGUAGAUUAUGGCAAGAAACAUUCAGACCAAUCAUUGCUCAAUUCUUCUCAGGAUUUUUCAAAUGAUUCAAAUAAUGUAAGCUUCUUAAGCAACAAUUCUGGGAUAGAAAACACAAGUCAUGUUGAGAAAGAGCAUUUUAUAGUUGAAAAAUCAAGUUCAGCUAUGUUUGCUUUUCAAAAUGAAAGGGAGAAUUCAAGAGAAAAGCCAAUACAGAUUUGGUCAUCUGCUGAAAAUCAUCAAGACAGUGAGACUGUGAAACCAGAUCAACCUGUUUCAAAUGAGAGUGAGAAAAACAAUUCAACUGGAAAUUCAGUACAAUCAUCUACCAUGAAUGAAGAAGAGGAACAAACUAACUAUAAAGAUACACCUGUAGCAGUUAUUCCAGAAGUAGAUGAUGACAUCAUAGUAAAAAAGAAAUCUAAAAAUAGUUCUAGAAGACGAAAAGUAAAUGAAAUAGAUUUAUUAAAUGGACCAGGCCUAAAUAGAAGUCCAAGUGUAAAAUCAAAGACUAAAAAGAGAGAAUUAAAAACGAAAAGAUCUGUGAGUGUACCAGCCUUAGAUAACAGUCUGAUAAUAAAGAGGAAAGAUAUAGAACAAGAACAUGAUACUGUUUCACUCUGCAGCAUGGAAGACAUCCACCGUUUUUCAACUCCAGACACACUGCCUGAAAAUCAACAGCAAUUCAAAGACUCUGAUACCAUCUCCUUAAACAGUUUAGAAGAAAACUCAUCAGAAACAGUAUUACCGUUGAUUAAGCGUCUGUCUUUAAGUGGGAUAACUACCAGUCUUGAUGAGCAGCAGAGAGAAACUUCCUCUUCUGUAGAUAGUUUGAAUACUAUUGAUAGUCCUAGUGGCAGUUUAUCACAAUCACCUAGAGUUACUCUAAUGGCUGUUAAAGACAGCCUUGCCAUGAAGUUAAAGAAAGGAAAGACAUUUAUUAAAACUAUGAAAGAAAAAAGUCAACUAUCAAAGUCACCUACUGUACCAGACAACAGCUUUGCUGACACACUAACUGAAGAGCAUCAGAUUGUAAUGUCUACAUUAAAUGAACAAAUUGUGAGAGCAAAGGAUGAAACAGGAAAACCAACAGAAGUCCCAAUAUUUCUGCCAAAAACAGACAUUAGGAACUUAAUCUCUGCCACAGAAGAAGCUCAAAACAAACUUCAGGACAUUCAAGUGAUGUUAGAUCCUUCGCUUUUAGCACAAACUCUCAAUGAAUGGGUCACUGUUCUAAAUACAACUUUUAGAACUUUACAGAAAGAAACAAAUGCAAAGACCGCUUCUUCAAACGACAAUACAAAAACAUCUGAUAAUGUUGAUGAAGAUACAACAAGCCCAUUAGAAGUAAAUGUACCAUGUGCCUCCUCAAAUGCUUCAAGUGCUUCAAGUGACAGUUCUCAGGAUACAAAAUGGUGCAACACAUUUGACCCAUUUGGUUUAGAUGUGGAUUUAUUUCCUCAGGUAUCUGAACUGACCAAAUUGUGCUUCCAAACCUGUUGCCAUGGUAAUGUGUCUGCCUACAUAAAUCCUAAAAUAACUUUAUGCUGUGAUAAAGGAAAAAGUGAUACAGAUGCCUUAUAUUCUGCUCAAAACAAGUGCAAUGAUUGUGAUAAAGAUCCAGACCAAUGUGAUAAUCAUAAAAUAUGUGAUGAAAACAAUUGUGAUAACCCAAGAUCUCUAGGUGAUCAAAAUAGGUGUGAAUGUCAGUCAGAAAGCUGUUUGUCAACAAAUAGUGUCAAUGUAGAUUUUCAGCCUGAAAAUGAAACAUUACCAGACACGCAUCAGACAACAAAUGAUGCUUCAGAUAUGAUGCAUGACAUACAAAAUCAUAGUGAGGCUCCAGAUAAAGGUCAUGAACUCCAGAUGACAACAAAUUCCAAUACAGAAACACAAGGUCAUCCUGUACCCAAUUCUUUAAAUUAUUUGUAUAUGGACACAAAUUGUAUAAUUGAGUGUGAUGAUUUGGAAAUGAGAAGCCAUGAGCUUGCUAGCACUAGCAGAGUCCAAGAUCCUAGACAACAACUGGAUCAAGAACUCUCAGUGUUUGUUAGAUGUUACUUUGCCUUUCUUGGUACAAAUGUGAUCAGACAAUUUUUGAAUGAACAAAAGGAUGUAUUGUUUAAGACCUGGUUAACGUUGAUAGAGUGUUGUCAGGAAUUAGGUAAAGAAGAUCCUAUUAAGAUGUAUAUUAAUCAACAUGAUGUUAAUGAUGCCUUGGAUCAUCUACGAUCUGGAAUAAUUAAAUAUAAAGAUGCUUUUCUAGGACAUUAUGCAAGUAUAUUUGGUAUGAGUGUAUAUAAAUGUAUAGAAUUUGGUAAAGAUGUUCCUGAUAAAGUUUCACCAUUAGAUAUUUUAAAUCUUUGUCACCAUUAUAACAAACCUACACAUCAAUAUCUACUCAAAUACAUUAUGAUGAGAUAUAAUGAAGCACCUGAAUAUAAUAGAUUGAAAACUCUACACAGUAUUUGUGAACAUCCAGAAGUGAAAUUAGAGCUUUUGAAAUGUUUGUUAACAAGAAAAGAUGGAUUCAAGUAUGAUAAACCAAGCCCUGGUAGCCAUCUUGUAAAAUGGACACACCAUAAGAUGAUUAAUGAUGUAUUAAAUAUGAUUGAUAAUAAACAAGAACAGAAUAAAGCUGAAAUGAUUUGUGAAGAAUAUGGGUAUUGGUUGGGUUAUUUAAGAUUAAUAGAUACAGAUAUAAGAUGGAGAGAUGUCAUGCAUUUAAUUUGUUGUCUUGGCGAUAUUGAUUUAUUAUGUACAAACAAUGAUUUUAGUUAUACACCUAAAUCCACAGGAGAAUGGAAAUGUUUAUUACAAGAAGUUCUAUCAUUGGAAUCAGAUAAUGUUUCUAAAACGUGUUUGGUGCCAGCAAUUCCUGAUUUUAUACCUUCUUUAACACUAGAGAAUACUGCAUUAUUAUUAGUAGAUUAUCUGGGUCCACAUGUAGCUGCUAACAUGUUGCAGGAACUCAGCCUAGAAGAUGAUAGAAGCUUGUCAAAUGAUUUUUAUCAAAAAUGUAUUUGUAAAGCUAUAACUCAAGCACAGCAAGGUGUAGUGAUACAUAAUAUGUUAGAGAAGUUAAAUACAUAUCUAUGGUCUAAAAAACCUCAAAAUAUGGCUCCUCAGAUACACUAUGCUGUGAAUGGUGAGAUAUCUAGUGUCAGAAUACUAACUGAUUCUACUAUAUCUUCUAGUUAUCAAACAGAUUUUUCCAGAUUAUCAGCACCAGGAAGAGUGAUACAACUUGGUUUAGAAGAUGCUGAAUGUCAUUGGGGAAUACAGGCACAGAUAAACAGUGAAUAUAGUAAUUGUAAUUUGUAUAUUUCAGUGAAUGUAGUAAUUGUAAUUUGUAUUUCUGUUAAUGAAUUAAUUGUUUUCGGUAUAUUUCACCAUAUGGAACCUGGAACUCUCAUCUUUCAAUGUGGCCAUGCAUUCCAUAAAUAUUGUGUUUCUAGACAAGAGUGCCCAUUAUGUUAA